GUCCGGCACAAAAAUACACGAUCUCUGGAUGCGAAAGUCCUAAUUUCUCAGUCCUUUCGCGAUCCGAAUUCAGCACACAAGUACACGAGAGAGACGGACAUCGAUUGGAGUCCUUUCUCAAGCAAUUAUCAGACGACAUCCGCAUCAAUCGACCUUGGAGAGCUUCAUCCAAUAACACCAACAAUCCCAGCCAUGGCCAUCCCAGGAGGUUCAUCGCCCGAUACUUUUACCAGCUCAGGCACAUCAAUCCUCACAUCACGUCCCUCGCAUUCCGACUAUGAGCCUUCUGUCAGUGGGGAUGAGAGACUGCGCAGCUCUCUACAAUCCUCAGAUAAGCACAAGUCCAAGUCAGGGAAGCCAAGGUGGUUUACUCAAGUCAAGGACUGGCUUUCUGUGAGUGAGCCGUCCGCGCAGGCCAUGAAGGAGCAGAAGAGGAACACGUACAAGCGACAUGGCAUUGAUAUGAACGACCCUCAGGCAGCAGCCAAAUUGCAUUUGCCAAUUGGAAAGAUCCCCGAGAACGCCAUCACUUCUACGAGCGGCCCAAGCCCAGAAAAGGCACUGAAGCGAGCACAGCAGCAGCAACAACAGUCGAGACAGUCUUACUCGGGGCUUAGCCAAGCGUCGCACUCGAUGUCGAGCAGUAUCUGUUCGGUCCCGGGUGCCAAGGAAUUCAAUCCAGUCGCACCAUGGGACACUUGA